AUGGAGGAAGAAGUGCACGACCGAACUCAAAACGAGGGCUGUAGGCUCUGGCAAGGCGUGGGCGAGUACGAGGCGCACGCCGCCGUGGUCCUGGGCUGCGUGUUCGCGCGGCUGCCGGCGGCCGAGCUGUGGCGCUGCGGCGGCGUGUGCCGCGCCUGGCGCCGCGCCGCCGCCGACCGCGCGCUGUGGCGCCGCGCGCUGCUGCCGCGCGCCGGCCCACGCGCGCUGCGGGCGCUACAAGAGACGCAGAGCGCUAUCGACCACAAAGGACACGAAUGGUCGUGGCGCACGGAGUACGCGCUGCAAGCGGCGCGCUGGCGGCGCUGCGGGCGGCUGGUGGGCGGCGCGGGCGCGGCGCCGCUGCAGUGCGCAGCGCUGCACAGUGACGACGCCUGCCUAGCGCUCGUCGAUGAAGACUCGACCGUCACGAUCUGGGAGCACACGGGCUCCGUCGACCGCGAGGACGCGGCUAAGGAGUGGACGCUGCGCUGGAACGGCGCGGCGAGCGCGCAGUGGCGCGGCGUGGCGCAAGCGCAGUGGGCGCCGCGCGCGCGCCGCUUGCUGCUCGCCGGCCAGCUGGCGCUCGUCGAGCGCUACGAGAUACUCGUCCUCCACUUCGACGGUAUUAAGCUUUACAGUUUUGAAUCAGUUUUUUUUAAGAACGAUUCUGUUGUCUCUGGGUUUCGUUAUAAACAACCGGACACAUCUCAUUCAUAUUACGAGUAUAUUUUAAGGAAUUACAAACGUUUGUUAAAAUUACAAAAUUUACAUCAUUACAACCGCGGCGCGAGCGGGCCGGGCGGCGCGGCGUGCUGGGUGCGCGACGACGCCUUCCUGGCGCCGCGCCUGCGCCUGCUGGCGCCGCGCCGGGCCUGCACCACGCUGUGGCUCAACGCCGCCACACAGGAAAUUUAUUCCGAGUUCGCCGCGGUAGCUACACCACUUCUGCGGAUCUACAACGAAGCCGCUGCACAUAUAUCACACAUCCUUGUGGCAGAAGUACCCAGCGAAGAAGCGACGGACUCUCAAACGAAGACAAAUGAAGACGCAGAGUUUCACAGCGAGCCGACCGCGCCGUACUUCGUUGCUCUCCGCCCGAAAAAAAUAUCGAAGGAUAAGCAGCGGCAAAUUUUGAUAGCGGCGGGAGGUGUGGCGGGUGGACCGCGGGGCCAGGCACAGGCGCUGUUGGCGUGGGAGCUGCCGGCGCUGGAGUUGCCCAUGAUGUGGGUGGACGACGUGCUGGAGCAGCGCGUGCAGGCGCGCCGGACCCGGCCGCGCGCGCCCGACGUCGAGCCCGACCCUGCGCCCUCGGAGGACGACGUGCGCGCGCUCUGCAGCGCGCCCGCUGCCGUCUGCCGGCUGCAGGCGCGGGUGCUAGGGGUCGUGCUGCACCCUAGCGGUGGCUGCGUGUGGGCGACGACCGCGGCGGGCGUGUCGUGCGUGUCGCUGCCCGCGCUGGCGCCGCUGCUGCACCUGCCGCACGCCGCGCCCGAGCCGGCCCUGUCGCCGCACUACCUGCUGCCCUGCGUAGACGAAGACUACUUCGUGACGUAAAUUUAUUUUGAAUUCGUUCUGAAUCGUGUCAAGCAAUAUAAUUAUACUAUCAUAAUACUUCAUUAAAACUAAUUUCAUGUCU